UACAAAAAAAAAAAAGAAAAAGAAAAAAACACAACCAGCAAAAUUCAGUUCGUUUUUAUUUAUCCUACAAAUACGAAAUUUAACAAAACGGAUACAUAUCGAACUAACCGAGAUCCCUCUCCUCCACCCGAUACGGAAUUUUUUGCUACCGCUUCCGCUAGUGACGACGAUUUUAAUAAUAAACUCCAGCAAAACGGCUCCCUCACGAAUCGCAAUUCGAAAUUUAAAUCUGCUAAAAGUAAUAGAAUAGAAGCAGAUUCUAAGCUUGUAAACGAGUUUGCCACUAGUUCAUCAGCAAAAUCAUCAUUAACUACUACGUCACUAAUACCUCCAUUGCCUUCGUCCUCAAUUGAGGAUAUAGUACGUUUUAGUCCAGUUGCACCUUCAUCGGCAUUAAAUAACUUUAGCAGCACGUUUAUCAGCAACAACAACAACAACACGCAAAACAUGGCCAUGGUACGCAAAAAACAAGAUGAUAAAUAUCUGGAAGCCUUGCGUGAGCUAAUCACCACUGGCGGUGGUAAUCGCCAAUGUUUUGAUUGCGGCCAAAAGGGACCCACUUAUGUCAAUAUGACAAUUGGUUCGUUCGUAUGUACUCGCUGUUCAGGAGUAUUGUAAGUGUUUUGUAAAGUUUAUACAUUUUUCCGUAAUUCUUUGUGGCAUUAUGUAAGUAAUUUUCCACAAUUAGUUCUUAUUAUAUAACUUAGUAGUUUCCCAUCGGAGAUUAAAUAAAAUAUCUAGCAAUUGUAAAUUUACAUGGCAUAAACAAAAAAAAUAUCUUAUU